CAGUCCGAUGAAGUCCCAGCCAGGGCCCGAAGCAUCCCCCACACUGAUCCCACUGGUCCCAACUGCGGAGUGGGCUCGGGACCGAUUCUUCGAAUGCUGGUGGGAUCGGUCCACCGGCAGUGGUGUAUGACAGUGUGUUAGAGCCGGUCGGGAUGGGCGGAGUUCAGCCUUUCACCUGGCCCCGAAACCCGCGCACGAUUAAUCAGCUGAGAGUCGAGACGCCGAAACUCCGAUUCCACUUCGGAUCCAGCUCCAUCUCUCUCGGCUCACAUCCAUCAACACAAUUACCCUGUCUCUGCCACCAGCGCGUUUUGAGGCUCCGCCGUGACCCUCCUUGGUCUUUGGGCCUUUAGACACCACCAGGCAAUGGAAUCAAACGUGAGCCUGACAUGGCGGGAACGCAGCCACCCCCCUUCCCGACAGAGAUCCUGUGCUACCUGCAUCAAGACCAAACGCCGCUGCGAUAACGGGUUGCCGUUCUGCGGACGCUGUCGCCAACGGGGACUUACCUGCGUCUACCGAGGCAGAUUGGGGAGAACCGGAAGCUCCCGACGGGCGAGUUCACCGCAGUCCGAUCUAGCGAUCAUCGCACAGCAGCCAACCAAUGCGUCUACCUCUUCCGGUGAUUGUUCAUCAUCAGGAGGCACAACAAACGAGCCUGACCCUACGCUUAUCCCGUCCCUCUUACUUGAGCAGAAUCUGGACUCCGUCAGCCCUCUAUGUCCCUUCACCGACGCGGCAUUGCCCGACCCCACCGCUUUUGGUUUCCCCCUGGAUGAGCCACCUCUGGGGUUGAUCCAUCAGCCAGUACAGCCGGCGCUGUUGACCUCCUUACUGGGGCUUGACGAAGCAGAAGGGUGGUAUGCUUCUCGAGGGGGCGUAUUGUGAGGAGAAUCAGGCUACUGUCUGACGAAGUGAUGGGGACCAAGAGUCCAGUGACUCCAGUCUUCGAAGAAGAAACUCCUUUUGAUGCCGUAUUCUCGACGAAUGGCUGGCGGACUUGACAAAUCUAUGUUCGCUACAGAGGGUCUCCGA